AUGUCCACCUCAGAAGACAAUACUAGCAGCACAGACACUGCUAGCAGUAAUAAUUCUUCAGCAACAUCUAACCAAACAACUAAUACAGUCAUGUCUACCCUUGUAGAACUCAAUGUUGAGUAUGUUGAAAAAUACAUACAAACCUUCACAGGGAAACAGGAAGAACUGAGUUCGUUCUUGCACAAAUUGAUUACAUAUGAUAAAAAAUUACGUACCGUAAACAAAAACGAAUUUUUAGAAUACGUGGUAGAGUGUAAAAUUCAUCACAAUGUUCGUGCUAGGGUUUCAUCUGUAGGUUACCCUAAUACAUUAAAUGAACUAGUUGAAAAAUUGAAUUUGAAUUAUAUUCCCACAUUGUCGGUUCCCCAAUUACUCCAAAAAAUUUACGAUUUAAAACAAGGAUACAACCAGCCUAUUAGAGACUUUGGAGACAAGAUGUCUAACUUGCUGGCAAAUUUUAAUACAGCAACUUUGUUAAAGAGAAAUGUCAAUAAAAACUCUUUAAAAGGGGACAUAAUCAUGAAAUGCAAUGAAGAACAUGCAUUUUUAGCAUACAAAAAAGGUUUAAAUGCUCAGUACUCUCAAACAGUACAAGCAGCUCAACCUAAAACAUUUGAAGAAGCUAGGACGUUUGCCGAAAACUUGAUUCUACCAGAGAAUAAACAACAAGUUUUAUAUACACAACAACACCGUGGUCAUUAUACUCAAAGACGUUCACAGCAUGAGGAAAGACCCCAAUAUCGACUAAAAAAUAGGUCAUACGGUAAUAGAGACGUAGGCUCGAACAACCGUAGAUACAACAAUAAUAAUGGUUACAGCCGUAAUCAACAGAGAAACAAUCGCGGCAGCCAUCAUAGAGACUACAACAUGAGGGUCAAUAAUCAACAGAGAGGAACUCAAAUACAGAGGAACUCACAUACAAAUUUUAGACGUAUAAACGUGGCAACCAUGCAGGAAUACUGCAGGCGACCGGAGGGAAACAUGGAGAAUUCACCUCUGGUAUAA